AUGCCUCGAGGAUUUUUGGUGAAGCGUAACCGGCGGAAUCCGGGCUCAUACCGGACCAGAAAACUCACCACAGCUCUAAGUCCAGACUGUCAUGAGAAGGCUUCACUGGGUGAGCAUGCACAAGAACCGUGUCCAGUGCUCCAAGAGGACGUUGCACGCGCGUGGAGCCCACAUGUAGAGCCCGCACUAGAGGCUGAAGUGGAGAAGCGUGCGCAACUCCCAGAAGCAGAAGAGAGGGGAACAGACGCUGUUACUCCAGACCACGACUCCACGCGCUUCUUCCCACCUCUACCCUCACGGGAGGGGUCUUGCGUACCAGUAACUCCAGUCAGCACGAGGGUUCUUGAACAGCAAGAGGAAGAUGAGGGCAACUCUCCACUUUUCCAAGGGAGGUGCGUGACACCAGAGCUGCCGUUUCUCCUCAGUUCCACUCCCGCUUCAGUGCCGUUCAGUCGCCCCCACACAAGCCCCUACGGCCACGAGUCCAACAUGCACGCGCACCUCUUCCCAUCGCUCUCUAUGCUCAACGAAGGACAGCACGGCGCAAGAAAGCGUUCCUUCGUAGAAACAGACCGGAGGCCGAGUAAAGUUAGCCUCACAAAGAAACCCAAAAUCAACCGAAAGCUCCACUUUGAAGACGAGGUAACAACUUCGCCUGUUUUGGGGCUGCGCAUCAAAAAAGAGGUACCAGACUCGAGAACACAGCGGGAGAGGUCCCUGAAGCAGCCGCUGGGGGAGUUUAUCUGCCAGCUCUGCAAAGAGGAAUACCGGGACCCCUUCUCUCUCGCUCAGCACAAGUGCUCACGCAUUGUGCGCGUGGAGUACCGAUGUCCCGAGUGUGAGAAAGUUUUCAGCUGCCCUGCGAACUUGGCCUCCCACAGGCGGUGGCAUAAACCGCGCCCUGUGAACAAUAGCCAGGUCCCAGAGGUGCAAACGAAGAGCCAGUCCCGCGGAGUUCUGCCGCUGGAGAUGGACGGUAAAGAGAACGAGUUGCUGCGCAUUGAUAGGCACACCGACCACGGCACACCUGAGGGCUCACACGUGGGAAGCAUGGGCCCCCCGCCCACACUACCCCCUCACUACCGAACCCACACGGACCCGCAACACGUGAGAGCGGCGGACAGCCCUCCCUCGAGCUUGCCGCUACCGUUUGCCCAACGUUUACAGGAAGAAGAACUGUAUGAGUGUCGCUGCUGUGGGAAGAAGUUUCGGCGUCAAGCGUACCUCAAGAAGCACCUGGCAGCGCACGAGCCUCCGCUGACCACUUACAGCCAAGCGCGAGACAGCCAGGUAUUUCUGUGUCACAUUUGCGGCGCACGUUUCCCUUCCGCCGAAAUCCGGGACAAACACCGUCUCUGGCACACUGUGCGGGACGAGCUUUUAGCGGGAACUUUAGCUGGAGUUUCCGGUGGAGACAUAUUUCACGCGCACAGAGACAGCGAGAGCAGCAGCGGAGAGAGCGAGCCGCAGGACUCACAACAUUCACAGCACCUGUUCUCCAGUAAACAGUGUCCGUCUACCUUCUUCAACUCUUCCGGGCUCACGAGACACAUCAACAAGACUCACACCGCGGAGGACCGGCACGUGAUGCUGCUGCAGAUGAGCGUGCGCCCGUAAACCUCAAAGGAAACACGUAAACAAACUGCAGUCUGCUGUCCA